AUGAUAGAUCAUAACAAAUAAGAAGAAACAUAAUAGUAUUAAGGUUUUAUUUUGGAUUUAAUGGUUGGAAGACUAGUCAAUAUUGAAUUUUAAAUCAUUCUUACGUCUGAUAAUAAAGCUUUAUACAUUAAAGAUGGAGCAGUAAUAAGAGUGUAAAUAUUAACUUAAAAAUAUUGUUAGUGAUCAAUUGCAUAGCACAUAAAAAUAGGCUGAAGUACUAAAAAAUUUAGAAUAAAUUUAACAUUUGUAAUUGGAUGGACAAUUUGGGGAGAAUAAUUAAAAGAUUGGUAGAUGGUCAACUAUUUGGAAAGGGGAAACCUUAAAAAAUGUAGGUGGGUAAUACUCAAAUGAUGGAAAAAAAAAUGGAUAAUGGAAGGAACUGAUAAGAAAUUUUUGGAGGUAACUUUGAAAUUGAACAUAAUAUAGUGAAGCUUAGGUUUAUGAAAUGGGAGAAUAUGAGAAUAAUUAUAAAAAAGGAGUUUGGAAAUCAAUAAAUUGUGAAAAAGAGAUGUAUCUAUUAAAUUAUAAAUUAUAUAGUGGUUAUGGAGAAUAUAAUAAAUAAGGAUAGAGGAUUGGUAUAUGGAUUGAAUUAAGUGAUCGAUUUUGGAAUUAUUCUCAAAUAACAUAUAAAGGAGAAUAUCUAAAUGAUAAAAAGAUUGGGAAAUGGGAUAUAUAUUUUAAGAAGACUUUUCAAGAUUAUUAAAAUGAUGAAAUGUAAAGAGGACAUUAAAAUUAUAUAAUUAUAGUGGUGGUGGAUUAUAUGAUGAUGAUCAAUAAAAAGAAGGUGUAGAUGUAAAGAUAGGAAAGUGGAUUGAAUUGAGUGAUUGGUUUUGGUAUUUAAGUUAAGUUACUUACCAUGGUGAAUAUAAAAAUGAUAAAAAAGUUGGUAGAUGGAAUACUAUGUGGAAGAAGGCCUAUGGAGAUUAUAUGAAUGAAUAAAUGUAAGAAUAAAAUCAAUAGAAUUAGUGGUGGUGGCUAAUAUGAUUAAGGGAAUUAAUAUGGAGAUACUAGUAUAAAGAUUGGAGAAUGGAUUGAAUUGACCGAUAGUUUUUGGGGAGAUUCAUAAGUAAUUUAUAAAGGGGAAUAUUAAAAUGGCAAGAAAAUUGGAAAAUGGGAAAUUUUAUGGAGAAUGUAUGACAAAAAGCCAUUCUAGUUGAUGUAGAAAAAUAUAUAUUAAUUUUAUAUUUAGUGGAGGUGGAUAAUAUGAUGAAGAUGAGAAGAAUGAAAGGGAAAGUGUUAAAACAGGAAAUUGGAUUGAGUUAAACAAUGGAUUUUAUAAUCGUUCUUAAGUUAUUUAUAAUGGUGAAUAUAAAAAUGGUAAAAAAGUUGGUAGAUGGAAUAUUUUAUGGAGAGAAGAGGAUAGUGAUUAAUAAUUUUAAGUUAUGUAAGAUAAUUUUAAAAUUCAAUAUUUAGUGGUGGUGGAUCUUAUGAUGAUUAAAUUGGAAGUUUAAAGAUUGGAAAGUGGAUAGAAUUAAGUGAUGGAUUUAUGGAUAAUUCUUAAGUAAUUUAUAUUGGUGAGUAUUAAAACGGAAAUAAAAUUGGAUUUUGGGAUAUUAAUUGGAUUUAUAAUGGAAUUAACUAAUAAAUGUAAAAACAAUUUUUAUGUUAAGUGGUGGUGGAUUAUAUGAUGAUGGAAAAGAAGGAAGACUUGGUUUAAAGAUUGGAAAAUGGGUCGAGUUGAGUUAUGACUAUAGAGAAGGUUCAUAAAUAACCUACACAGGUGAAUAUCAAAAUGGAAAGAAAAUUGGAAUUUGGGAUUGUUAUUGGAUACAAAAUGAAAGCAAUCAAAAAAUGUAUAAAAUAUUUUUAAAUUGAGUGGUGGAGGAUCAUAUGAUCAUGAUUGUUAAAAACAAGGAGGUGAAAGAGUUAAAAAUGGGAAAUGGGUUGAGAUAAGUGAGAAAUUUAAUAAAUGGUCCUAAAUCAUUUAUGAUGGAGAGUAUAAAUAUGGUAAAAAAAUUGGUAUAUGGAAUAAAAUUAAUUUGAAAGAAGAUUCAAUUAUGUAAAAUUAUUUAAUAUAAUUAUGAAACAAAAGUGAUGAAUUAAAAUACGAUAAUUGAUAUACGAUGAGGG